AUGCUUCCUGUGUCUGUCGCAAUAAGUCAGACGCAAUGGUCAUGGUUCCUCAAAGACCGACCUCUUUAUGACCUGCAAUUGUUUGACCAAGCGAGCAGAGGGCCGUGGGGCUCCGUAAUGCUGUUGAAACGUAUCCGAUAUAAACACUUCGUUUCUCUCGGUGCCUUUUUGAUGGUUGUCAGCGCCCUAACCUCACCCGUAACGCAACUCGCCAUUAAGUAUCCUGUCCGAGACUCUGUGGCCCUGCGCGAGGAAGCCAAGGCUGCGGCUGUACGCAACAUGACGUCGGACGAAGACCGCAUGAACUUAGGAGCACGCCGAGCUUUAGUGCUAGCCACUUUAUCCGACAGCACCAAUUUCAUGGAGCCCAUUGCACCCACAGGCGCGUUCUGCUCUACAGGUAAUUGCACCUUUGAUCGGUAUCAGUCUCUGGGCAUUUGCAUGAAGACGGCGAACAUCACUGAACACUUGAAAGUGGAGGAGUUCGACUCGCCAGAUGUGAUCGACACCCUUGUGUUGGGUUUUCCAAAGCCUGAUGCAAAGGUGUGGCGAGCAUCUCUCCCUAGCGGUUUGGAAAUGGCUCAUCAAACACCAUUGGCGGUCAUGACUGACAUGCUCAACGGGAGUGAGACCUUUGCUUUCCAAGACGACGAGGAUCUCAAGCAAACUAGGAUAUCGUCUUUUACCGUCAUCUACACCAAUCCGACAGAGCUGAACGAGACGUGGUAUAACGAGCUCUCUGAAGCCGCCGGAGCGCCGUUUACGUCCGACCUCAUCGGCGCAAUCUACAACUUUCGACAUGAAGCAAUGGAGGUCAUGUAUCAUCUAUGCGUUCAAACGUUCGAGACAAAGGUUUCUAUGGGUAUCGAAAGAACUACUCUUGUCGAGACGUCUGCUGUACCUGUUGAACAAGAGAAGCCCUUUUUCCUGGACAUGCGGUGCCGGCCACUCCUUGGAGAAGCCUCGCGAACGUGCAACCAGAGCAUCGACCAUUGGCACGAAACAUUGCAUCUGAAGGAUCCGAGGUUUUUGACAAAGCUUGACGUUGAUUCGACACUCGAGGAGGAACAUUACAGUGCAAGCUAUUUCUCUCUAGAGAAGAUAUCCACCAUUCUAAAGACCGAUAUCGUGGGCUAUGCGAGUGCUAGCUACGUCACCGAAGAGUAUCAGGAUACGGCUGUGUUCUUCCGGGGACAAGAGUUUCUCAAGACUCUUUUUCAAAGUGUCGUAUACGACCUGAAAAAUAUCGCCAACUCUACUCUACGACAAAUCGCCUUGGACAAUAUACAUGCAAAUGUUGCCACUAGUGUAUCAACAAUUUACGCCUUCAACUCUUUCAACAUUUCUGGCAAAGCAUUGACGCAGGUCUCAUACGUACACAUAACCUGGGGAUGGAUAUCUAUGCUUGCGGUCGAGAUCGUGAUUGCUCUGCUAUUUCUUGCCCUUACAAUCGUCAGCCAGAUCAAACUGAAUGGUGGCCAGGCAUCGAGCAGAGAAGAACGUAAUGCAUUCCAGGAAGCCAAGAACUCGUCUUUGGCCAUGCUAGUCGUCCUAGACGAAGACUCUCGUGCUAGAGCAGGCGGUGGACUCCGGCCUUUGGAUGAACUCCAAAGCGCUUCCAAGGCUCUAAAGGUUCGAUUCGAGGGUCGCCAGAUGGUUCCGGCUGACGAGACGAUUAUCAAAACAUCGGAAGUUGGUGGUCGUGUCAUUUAG